UCCAAAGUCGAGGCUUCACUCCGUCAUGCUGGAGAAGCAGGCAGAGGCUCCCUUUGGCAUGCAGCUGCAGUGUGAGAUGGACAGCCUGGGCCGCAGGGCCUGGGUGAAUCCCGCGUACAGCGGCUCCCCUCCGCCCUCGCCCCUCACCAUCAGCGCCAUCUGCAGCACCGGGGCCGGCCCGGGUAAUCCGUACGAGCCGGCAGCGACCCCCACGGCGAACGGGGGCAAACCAGAGCGCCAAGUGAAGGAGAAAAGGGCAGGCUGCUGCUCGUAUAUCGCCAGAGGGAUACGCGGACUGUGGGGGACCACACUGACAGAGAACACCGCGGACGACCGCGAGCUCUACAUGAAGACCAGCCUGAGGGAGCUGCUCAUAUAUGUCUUCUUUCUGGUGGACAUUUGUCUCUUGACUUACGGCAUGACCAGCACCAGCGCCUACUACUACACUCAAGCCAUGACCGAUCUUUUCGUCAACACAGCCAGUAACAGUGGAGUCACCUUUCAGUCCAUUGGUUGUCAGGCAGACUUUUGGUCUUUCACACAGGGUCCCCUGCUGGACGGCCUCUACUGGACCACCUGGUACAACAACCAGCCUCUCCUACCCCAAGGACACUCCUUCAUCUACUACGAGAAUCUCCUUCUGGGAGUGCCCCGCAUUCGGCAGGUCAAGGUCAAGAACAACUCCUGCACCGUCUAUAAGGACUUUCGGCAAGACAUCACAGGCUGCUACAACUCGUACGACAGCCAGAUAGAGGAUGAGAGUCCAUUUGGCCUCAUCAAUGGAACUGCCUGGACCUACCACACAGAGGCGGAGCUCAACGGUUCGUCCCAGUGGGGAAUUCUGGCAACAUACUCUGGAGGGGGGUAUUAUCAGGAUCUACAGGCGACGGUGCAAGACUCAGCUGAUGUUCUCCAGGAGCUCAUGAGCAACCUGUGGCUGGACCGAGGAACCAGGGCUGUCUUCAUCGACUUCUCCACCUACAACGCCAACAUCAACCUGUUUUGUGUCAUCAGCCUGCUUGUUGAGUUUCCUGCAGCAGGGGGCGCCGUCACUUCCUACCAGUUCAGGACGGUGAAGCUGAUUCGCUACGUCAGCACCUGGGACUUCUUUGUCUUUGGCUGUGAGAUGGUUUUUUGCCUCUUCAUUUUGUACUACAUUGUGGAAGAGAUCUUGGAACUUCGUAUCUACAGAUUGUCCUACUUCACCAACAUCUGGAAUAUUCUGGAUGUGGUGGUCAUACUGCUUUCCAUCAUUGCUAUUAUAUUCAAUGUCUUUCGGACGGUCCAAGUGAAUAAUUUACUGGGAAGGCUUUUGAAAAACCCGGAAAAUUAUGAAGACUUCCAUUUUCUUGCGUUUUGGCAAACACAGUAUAACAACAUGAAUGCAGUCAAUCUCUUCUUCGCAUGGAUUAAGAUAUUUAAAUACAUCAGCUUCAACAAGACGAUGAGUCAGCUGUCAUCCACACUGGCUCGCUGCGCCAAGGACAUCGUGGGCUUCGCCAUCAUGUUCUUCAUCGUGUUUUUCGCCUACGCUCAGCUCGGCUACCUGCUCUUUGGCUCCCAAGUGCAGACGUUCAGCACCUUCUUUACCUGCAUCUCCACUCAGUUCAGAAUAAUCCUGGGGGAUUUCGAUUACAACGCCAUCGACCAAGCCAACAGGGUCCUGGGGCCCAUAUAUUUUGUCACAUUUGUGUUCUUCGUCUUCUUCGUACUCCUGAACAUGUUCCUGGCUAUUAUCAAUGACACAUAUUCUGAAGUCAAAGAGGAAUUAUCUAAGGAUCAGGAUGAGUUUCAGUUCACCGACAUCAUCAAGCAGAGUUAUAUGAAGACCUUCAUGAAGCUGAAACUUAAAAAAGAGAAGAUCUCAGAUGUGCAGAAGGCCUUGCAGACUGAAUCUAAAGAACUCGAGUUUGAGGAGUUCAGAGAAACCCUGAAGGAAAUGGGCCACAGUGAUCAAGAGAUUUCAGCAACCUUCUCUACGUUUGACCAGGAUGGAAACCAUGUUCUGGAUGAGGAAGAGCAGAGGAGGAUGAAGCAGGAGCUGGAAGCUAAACGGGACGCUCUCAGUGCCGAGCUACAGAACCUUGGAAAAAGCUAUGGGGACAAAAAGCUCCAGGAGUCUGCAGAGCUCUGCAACCUGGAGAAGACCAGCGCUGUCAACCCUGAGGAAUUUCAAAGGCUCAUGAGGCAGGUGGUGCAGCUGGAGCGCUCACUGGCCGUGCUCACGUCCCAUGUUGACUCCAUCACGGCUGAGGUGCAGUGGCUGCAGGGGAACAAAAGCGGACACAAAGACGUCCCGGGCAGACAGGCGGGGGGCCGGGCCCAGGUGGGUAUCGCAUUUCUCUGCGCCCAUUCACAGCGCAACAAACAACAUGACGCAAAUGCACCACCGCAGCUCUCCAGAGAUCCUUUAUAA